AUGUUUUCGUACGACCAAAAGUUUUUAGACUUCUCUCUGCUAGAAACGUUCAAUAAAUUGGACCAACGAGGUAAAAUUAUGGCUGAAUAUGUUUGGAUCGGUGCCGUGGAUCCUAUGGGAGAUGUGAGAUCCAAGACUAGAACUCUUGAUUUUGUGCCUACAUCACCAGAACAACUUCCUGAAUGGAAUUAUGAUGGUUCGAGUACCAACCAAGCAUCAGGUCAUGACUCCGAAGUCAUUAUCAAACCAAGAGCCAUCUUUAAGGAUCCAUUCCGAGGCGGAGAUAACAUUUUGGUGUUGUGUGACACGUAUAGACCCAACGGAGACCCACUCGAAACCAACACACGUGCUCCAGCUCUUGAAAUUUUCAACAAGAAUCUUGCAAGUAAACCAUGGUAUGGAUUCGAACAAGAGUACACGCUGUACAGUUGUGAUAUGCAUCCAUUGGGAUGGCCUAAAGGUGGAUAUCCUGGUCCUCAAGGGCCAUACUAUUGUGGUGCUGGUGCAGAAAAAGCAUUCGGAAGAGCCAUUGUUGAAGCACAUUACAAGUGUUGUCUCUAUGCAGGAGUUAACAUUUCGGGAAUCAAUGCCGAAGUCAUGCCAGGACAAUGGGAAUUCCAAGUUGGACCUUGUGAAGGUAUUUCAGCUGGUGAUCAUUUAUGGAUGGCUCGUUACAUUCUCACAAGACUUACGGAAUAUUUCCGUGUGGUUGUCUCAUUCCAUCCAAAGCCAAUGCAAAACUGGAACGGUGCUGGCAUGCAUACCAACUACUCGACUGAGGAAAUGAGAAAAGAGGGAGGUUAUCAAGCAAUUCUGGACGCUAUUAAAAAGUUGGAAGCAAAACACAAGGAACACGUGGAUAACUAUGGAAGCGACAAUCAUUUGAGACUUACUGGAAAAUUUGAAACAUCCUCAAUGGAUAGAUUUUCAUAUGGUGUUGCUGACAGAGGAGCCUCUGUAAGAAUUCCAAGAAGUACAGAAAAAGAAAAGAAGGGUUACUUUGAAGAUAGAAGACCUGCUAGCAAUGCUGAUCCAUAUGUCGUUUCAUCCCUUAUUUUCAAGACAACUGUUUUGGAAUAA